UGCCGUUCAACGGGAACAUAACGUUUUGCUUGUAAACAAAACGUGGAACCAGUCACUUUCGGGAGUGAAAUGGAGAAAAGGAUACGCAUCUUACUUUUACUUUUUUAUCAUUCCAGCACGCUUCUUGCAAGUCCCUUACUUGAAGGACAGAACAGUCAAAGCUUUGUCUCAACUGCUCAGUUAGGUUGCAGGUAUCAAGACGGCCAAUAUCAACACGGCGAACUUGUUCAGACGUCAGAACCGUGUUUAAAUUGCACAUGCACACGUGGUGUGUUGAUAUGUUUCUUGCGUGUAUGUCCCACCCUAGUACCACCCUCGCCAGAUUGUUUUGCUAGUAAAGAGCCAACGGACUGUUGUGCAACUAUGAUAUGCAAUGGCAUCCGCGUGGGGAAGAGAAACGAGUCUCUGGUCAUCAAAUCUCAUUUUUCUGGUAGAACAGUCAACGAUCCCGUUCCCAUAUAUAAGAAAGCGGAAGAAAUUGAAACCGUAACCUCAUACAACGUUCCAACUACUACAUAUAGAACGACCGUGACCCCGACUAGAGAGAAAUUAUCAAAAAAGUUGACCUCGGAUAGUUUAAUGCUAGUGACUUCAACUGAUACUCCCGUAUCAGAUCUGAACCACAUCAACUCUAUAUCGGGAGGUUGUUUUGUGAAUGGAAGUAUUUAUGCGGAAGGAUCUGCCAUGAUAUCUUCAUCUUUUUGUGAAUAUUGCUAUUGUAUUCGAGGUAAACAGAUGUGUAUACGUCCGAAAUGUCACCUAUCGAUCGAGGGAUGUAGUCCACGAUAUUUCAGUCAAUAUACUUGCUGUCCAACAAGAUACAUGUGUAGCGAAAAGAAUAAAAUAGUUCGCUUUACACCAUCAACUACUACUACAUCAACAACAACAACAACAACUACUACUACUACUACUACUACUACUACCACUGCACCUACCACAGAAACACAGAGUACAAGUACCACGACUCCAUCAACCACUACGCAAAAAGUUUGUCAUCUCGAUGGAAUUAUUUACCAAGUUGGAGAUCCACUUCCAAGCACUACUCACUGCCAAACUUGUUACUGUUCUAUGGAAGGUAAAGUGUUAUGUACUUCAGUAAAGUGUUCUCCGGCGAUGGAAGGAUGUGAACCGAUUAUUCCAGAAGGCCAUUGUUGUCCACUUCAAUAUAAGUGCAACUUCACUCAAGCUCCUCCGACAACAAAUACAGAAUUUGAGGAAGAAGAAACAACUAUCGCAUCAUAUACAAUCACUCCUGAAGUGGAUACAUUAAAUGCUUCCACGUCCCAACAUGUUUUUGAUGAAGAACGUACAGAAUCACCAAUAGAAGAUGCAAUUGUAUCUAAUUUUGAGAAACCCGAAAAAAGAAAUGACGUAGACAUUCCUUUACCUUCCAUACGAGAAAAUGAUAGAAUUAUAUACUUUCCAGAAUUUGCAGAAAAUCUACGGCGCAGAAUAUCGGAAGCAGCUCUUCUUAACCAUAACAUGAAAUCUUCAAGUAAAGGUCCAUUCCAUUCCUUUCUACAACGUCCAAUUAUCUAUAAGGGUUUUAAUGAACGUCCCAUUCAUCAUAAUAAACAUAGCUUUGGCAUGCUACCCAGACGAGCUACAGGUCGUGAGAGAUCCGAAUUUUCUUCAGAUGACUCCGAUCGAGGAUCAAAUUUAGAUAUCAUUACAAGAAAUACGACUGAAAAUUCAACUGAGCCAAGUGAUGAAGAAUUAAAUACAAAUUCCACCGUUUAUUCAUAUGAUGUAACUUCAAUAGAUUUAGAUCCAACUUCAGAAUAUUCAACAAUUGACAAUUCGACAACUAUGGACAUUGUACUUGGCACCGAAAUUGCAGUGGCAGAGAUAAACACUACAGAUGAGGGGAGAGCAUUUAAGGAUGAAGAAAAAUUUAUGAAUGAUUCAACUACUGAAAUGACCAUAGCAUCGUUUACUACUUCAGCAAACCCGAAAAAUAUAUGGUAUAGAGAGCCAGAUGUGACACCAGCAGCAGAUGGGGACGACUCAGAUGCUUCUACAAAGUUAGACGAUAAAAAAAGGCCACGACAGAAAGACAACAGCAGAAGACACGGGCAGAUGGAAGUGAUACCAUUCUUAGCUCAAGAUGCCAUUACCAGUCAUCCUUAUGCCCAUCGAAAUAGAAAUAGGACUCAAAUAAUUAAACCAUCUGCGACUAUAGAUUUGAUUACAGGACAUUGCUUCGUUAAUAAUAAAGUAUAUAUAAAUGGAGAAAUGAUAGCCAAAAAUGAUCCGUGUCUACUCUGUAGAUGCUUUUAUGGCGAGGAACUCUGUCAAAGACAGAAAUGUCCUCAACCACCAAUGGACGAUUGUAGAGAGCAACAUAGUUCUGAAUUUUGCUGUCCUAGAUAUAUUUGUGGUGAAAGUUUAAUUUUUACUACCAAAAAACCAGCAGAAAUUCCUCUAGAAAUAAUUACAACACCAGUAAAUAAAGGGUUUGAUACAACGGAAGCGUAUACGACAACAUCCACAGCUACUACAACUACAACAGCAGCAACAACGGUAAUGGUCACAGAUACCACUGAUCCUAUAGAAUCGAAUACAGAAACAUAUAGUUCGACUGUAAUCCCUGAAACACAAAGUACAGAAGGAAUACCAGAAGUAGAGACAACAGAUUCUUGGGAAACCACGGAAGAGUACGAGUUACAGACAUCAUCAGAAGAUAAUAAGUCAGAUCUCUGGGCUUUAUUACGUGUUUCCGGUUGUAACAUAUAUGGAAAAUAUUAUAAAAUCAAUGAAGAAGUAUUCGAACUCGGAAGUGUUUGUAAACGUUGCGUAUGUACCCAAAAUGGCGUCCAAUGUAAUGAUGUGUGUUGACGUUGUAGAAGUUUCUGUAUGAAUUUUGUAUAGUUUCGAAUGCAUUUUAAGAAAAUUCGGUCUCGUUAUGAUAUUUUCAGAAUGGGCAUUUGAUAGGUCACUUUUUCUAAAUUAUUUUUAUUGGAAUUUUGUAAAAUAU